AUGGGUACCGUGGAGCGCGCUGGUGACGACCACACGUCGGAGGUAGAGUCUGGAGAAGAGGAAGAAAUUGUCGGGGGCGGUGAACUGGCCCAUCAUCUCAUGAAAAGCGGCAUUACCCGCAACGAGAUGCUGGCUGCGCUCACAAACCGCAUCCACGUCGAGACGAUGGCGUCCCUGCCGCCGAACGUGCGCCGACGCAUCCGUGCGCUGCGAACACUGCAGAAGGAGUUCGUCGACAUCGAGGCUAAGUUCUACAGCGAAGUGCACGCUCUCGAAUGCAAAUACGAAAAACUAUACAAACCACUGUUUGAGAAGCGCGCUCACAUAGUGAACGGCGGCUAUGAGCCCAAUGACGAAGAGUGCCUGAACCCGUGGCGCGAUGAGACUGAGGAAGAGGAGCUGGCGCGCGCCGUGCAGGGAGCCGCCAUCACCGACGGUACGGAGGAGAAGAAACCUGCUGAGGAGAAGCCAGCCGAGCCACCAAUGGACCCCAAUGUUAAGGGCAUUCCGGACUUCUGGUAUACAAUCUUCAAGAAUGUUUCCAUGCUCUGUGAAAUGAUGCAGGAACAUGACGAGCCUAUUCUCAAGUGCUUGCAGGAUAUUAAAGUGCAAAUGCACGAGGAUCCGAUUGGCUUCACGUUGGAGUUCCACUUCGCGCCUAACGACUACUUCACAAACACUAUUUUGACUAAGGAGUACUCCAUGAAAUGUAAGCCUGAUGAGGAGAACCCAUUAGAGUUUGAAGGACCCGAGAUCUACUCAUGCAAGGGUUGUGACAUCAACUGGAAGAAAGGCAAGAAUGUAACAGUGAAGACGAUAAAAAAGAAGCAGAAGCACAAGUCCCGCGGCUCUGUCCGCACCGUCACCAAGUCCGUGCAGGCUGACUCGUUCUUCAACUUCUUCUCGCCGCCCAACAUGCCCGACGACCCCAACUCAACGCUCGCCUCCGAUAUCCAGGCGCUGCUCACAGCCGACUUCGAGAUCGGUCACUAUAUCCGCGAGCGCGUCGUGUCCCGCGCCGUGCUGCUGUACACCGGCGAGGGGCUUGACGACGACGAUGACGACGAUUAUGAGGAGGAGGAGGAGGAGGAAUGCUCUACGGAAGAGAGUGAAGACGAAGAGCCGGCGCCUCGGAGACGAAUCAAGAAGCCAGUGAAGGGCGGCCCCAUGGACGACCCCGCCGAGUGCAAGCAACAGUAGGCGCGCCCGCUGCCUGCACUACUCUUUUCUAUCGUCGAGGUCUGUUCAUACGACUAGUAUGUUUGGUGCUGAAUAUCAAUUUACUGUCACUACAUACGUGUGUUGUCAUUUACAAAUGAUUCUUUCUUCAAGAGUCCAGUACGGUUUUAACUAGGUAAAUGUUAUAUUCACAAUUCAUUUAACUCGUUGGGUGGUUUGAAGCCUACGGAAAUGUUUAUGUUCAGUUCUCAAACAGAAGUUAUUUAUUAAACUGCAAUACGUGUUUCAAUUUUUAAACAACUGAGGGGUAAAUUCAAUUAAAAAAACCCCUUAAAUUCUUUAUUAAUUUGGAAGCUUCCAAAAAAAUAUUCAAAACAAACGUUUUCUUUAUGUAAUUGCUUAUGUAUAAUGUUUGAAGCAUAAGAAAGUAAACGUCGGCAACCUCGCCACAUUCAAAUAAAUGCACUAUAAUGCAGUGACUGAAAUCUAGGAUAGGAUGCUUUUAAAAAAGGACUUGUGAAAGCGUUGACCUACAAACCUCGCUAAGCUUCAUUACCUUCACAUUCCUAAUUUCGUGUCAAAACACAUAAGGCAGAGGAAUGCAAUCAAGGCAGACUUCGGAACGGAGACGAUAACUUGCCUGUUAUUCCUAGUUUGUAUGUUUAGGCGCCGUAUACCGCGAGAGCGCUCAAUUUAUCUAAUUGUAUAGUUCCGAUGUUGUCGCCCCCGCUUCGGAGAUCGAGUUCAUUUAAUAUAAUCCGCCUUGAGUUCACUUAUUUGUCCAUUGUUAUUAGUAAUCUAAUUCGGUUUGGUGCUUGAGGCACGAUAGCUAGGCUAGUAUGAGACUUGUGAUGUAGUUUACACUGCCUGUAAACAGCUGUUGGAAUUAACGGUCUAUGAGACGGUAAUAAUUAAAUAAUGUUAUUUUGUAAUGUAUAAUUCGCCGAUUGUACGGUAAUACCGCCAGUAAAGUAAGCAUCUAGUUGAUAACAUUACUCCACAAUGCAAUUUAUGUUUAGGCGUAAUUGUUUUUGCGAUUAACUUCGGAGAUGGUAAGGAUAUUCUGAUACCAGUUCUUUUAUUACUAUUAAUGGUAUUAGCGUUAUGCUCGCAUUGCGUACACCAGCUAUAGGGUAUUUGUACACAUAACAUUUUUAAAUAAAUUUAAUACUGAA